AUGCCGCUGGCGCACGAGAUCCACCAUCUGAACGAAGAGGACCUCGUGUACAUCGCCGACGUCACGCAUACCAUGGCAAACCGCGACUUGUAUUCGCUCCUGCCUUAUACAGGCAGCAACUGGUUCCUGCCGUCGAUCCGCGAGUGCGGCGAGGGCGAGAAGCACUGGGAGCUGCGCUGGUGUUGGAAGGAGGGGCUCAUCGUCGCGAUUGGCGGCCGCCGGCUGUCGAUCCGCGCGUUGAACAUCUUCAUUCGCGUGUGCUUUGUGGUACUGAUUUGGUUCCUGCUCUGGAACAUGCUCCCCCGCUGGCUCGUGGAGCCGGGCGGCUACGUCUGGGAUCCGUUGGUGCUCGUGAUCGUGUCCGCUAUCGUUGGCGGCCUCAUAUGCCGUAUCCUACAGCUACCGCCCCUCGUUGGUGUUCUGUGGGUGGGCAUCAUGUGGAACAACAUCCCGACGCUCAAGUACCUGACGCACGGCAUCGUGAAGGAGGUGUUCGACAUCUCCUCGAAGCUCGGGCUCACGGUGAUUCUCGCCCGUGCCGGCUACAAGCUCGCCAUCAAGGACAUCAUUCCACACUGGAAGCAGACAGCACUGCUGGCAACGAUGCCGUUCGUGUUCGAGGGCGUCUCGCACAGCCUCAUUGCGAACAAGAUCUUCGACUACAACAACAACUACAACUGGGCGUUCCUGCAAGGCAUGCUGUGCAGCAUCGUGUCGCCGGCCGUCGUCGUGCCAGGUAGCUUGUACCUGCAGGACAUGGGCUACGGCUGCGGUGUCGGCCCCUUGUCGCUCAUGCUCUCGGCAGUUGGUAUUGAGAUUGUGAUCGGCGUGUGGUGCGCCAACUUCAUUCUUGGGCUGAUCUUUCAUGAUCAGAAGCUGGCCGUCGCAAUCAUGCUGGGCCCUGCGCAGUUCCUUGGCGGCAUCGUCAUUGGCAUUGGUCUUGGCAUUCUUUUCUUCUACCUUGUGGAGCUCAUCAAGCAGGAGGCGCACCGACUGCCGAAUGGCAAGUACACCCGUGCGCACCUGAACAGCUGCAUGGACUUCGCCUUCGUUAUCUUUCUCUUCGAGUGCUAUGCGAUGGUGUUCUUUGGCUACAAGGUGAACCUCGCCGGAGGCGGCUGUGUCAUGUGCGUCUUUUUUUCCGCCACAGUCGCGCACAUGUGGUCAAGGACAGGCAAGAUGGAGCACGAGGACCACAAGAAGUACAUGGCGACGUGGCUCGCCCUGUCCUGGGAUCAGGUGAUGAUGCCGAUCCUGUUUGCCACGAUGGGGGCCAAGAUCAACGUCAAGGCGAUCUUCAACAAAAUCUUCUUCCCGAGGGCAAUCAUCUGCAUGCUGUGCAGCACGGCUGUGCGGUUCACCGUCACCUUCUUGAUUCAGAUUGGCAGUGGUAUGCCGUGGAAGGAGAAGUUGCUGGUAUGUGUGGGGUACCUUGGCAAAGCCUCGGCGCAGGCCUCCAUGGGGCCCAUCGCAGCGAACCUGGUGGCGGACAUGAUUGCAGCACUGCCUCCGGGAAAGGAGCACUCCCUCGACACGAUGGCCGAGUACGCGAACAACGUGCAGCAGAUCAGCGCGAUGUACGUCAUGUUCAUGGCGGUUGUGGCGUCGCUAGGUCUCGUGCGAGGCGGUAAAUCGGUCUUGAAGGGCCACCGAACGGCGGGGAAGCCGAAGGAGGAACGCACCAGCGGAAGCUCCUUGAGUGGGGCCGCAGCCACCGAUGCCAUCAUAGCGGGGGUGGAUUCCACCAUGGCUGAGAACGCCAGCCAGCACUUCCACUGCCCUGACGGCGCGUCGGCAGACCAGCGCCAGCCGUCGGCGAGCAGCAACCUCGUCAAAGAUCAUGACGUGUUCCUCCCCCUCACCGGCCAGAUCGAGGACGACAGGCAGCGGGAGCACCGACACCAGCUAUGA